UUUAUUUGUCUAUUUAAGCUAUAUGUUUUUUUUUGAAUAAGCCUCGGUGAAAAUGUUAUCGUUGGAACUCAUGGAACUAGUUGGCGUUAAGCUAAUGUUACCGGACGUUGGCUAGCAACAGACCUCUGACCAGUUAUCUUAUUACUUUGUAGUCGGUCUGAACCGGUAAGAGACUAAACAUAUACAGUAGAACACCAUGAUUAAAUGUUUACCUAAAGAGGUUCAGGGGAAACUUCGCUCCGGAGUCGCCAUCCCGUCCCUUCAGCAGUGCGUGGAGGAGCUCAUCCUAAACAGCAUCGAUGCCGGGGCGACCUGUGUGGGGGUCAGGAUGGACAUGGAGGCGUUCAAAGUUCAGGUAAUCGACAACGGAGCUGGGCUGAGCGCUGAGGAUAUGGAGUGCGUGGGAAACAGAUACUACACAAGCAAAUGCAGCUCUUUGGAGGACUUGGACAACCUCAGGUGGUAUGGCUUUAGAGGAGAAGCUUUGGCGAGUCUAAUUUCUUUAGCCACACUUGUUGAAAUCUCAUCCCGGACCAGGUCAUCAGUGAAAACACACGUGAAGAUUUUCAAGAAUGGCAAAGGUUUGGAUGUCUUCGAAGCAGAGACUGCUCGACCUUCUGCAGGGACCACUGUUGUCAUUUGCAACUUCUUCCACAACAUGCCAGUCCGGAGGAAGAGGAUGGAUGCCGUCCUGGAGGGUGAGAGGAUCAGACACAGGCUGGAGGCUGUUUCUCUGAUGCAUCCCUCUGUGUCUUUCAGCCUGAAGAAUGACUGCACGGGAGCCAUGAUGGUGCAGCUUCCCAAAGCCAAAAACACUUACCACAGGUUUAUUCAGAUACACGGUCUUGGGCGAGCGCAGAAACUGGGAGAAAUAGGCCACACACACGGACAGUUUGAAGUGACUGGUUACAUUGGCAGAGAGGGCCACUACAACAACAGCUUACAGUUUUUGUAUGUAAAUGACAGACUGAUGCUGAAAACACGGAUACACAAGCUGUUGAACCUUCUCCUGCGCAGACUGAGCAGUUCAAAUCCGAAAAAUGACAGUCCAGAUGGGCUGUCUGCCAUUAGGAGUCCAAAGCACAAACGAAGCCAGGAGCUGCAUGGAGUGUACAUCAUCAAUGUCAAAUGCUCUUACUCAGAGUAUGACAUUUGUCUGGAGCCUGCCAAAACUCUAAUAGAGUUCAAAGACUGGGGUGGCAUUUUGCUCUGCAUAGAAGAGGCAGUGAAAGCUUUCCUGAGCAGGGAGAACUUGGUGACUGUGCUUUCUCAAGAUGACUUGGACUCUGUAUCUCCUCAACUGUUUGGCACUGACAAUAUGGAGCAAGAGGGGAACAACAGUGGCAAAGGCGGCCAAGCAACUAGCAGUGCUUCCACACUAGAUUGCAGUCUUGGAAUGAUGCUGGCAUCUGAAUCUGUUCAUCGUAAAUGCAAAGAUAACUGUGUUUCUGUGGACAGUGUUUGCCAGGAGUCUGAGCUGAUGGAAUGUAAAGAAGAUGAGGCUGAACAGAUACGUGCAAAUGACUUGGAAAAGAUUCAGAGUGAAGGAUGCGUAUACAAAGAAUGCAGAGAUGAGCCACAGUGUGGUCUGGAUCGUCUGGACCCUGCAUCUGAUAAUAACAUUUCUGAAGAAUGGGAGCGAACAUUCAGUAAACCUGGGGAAGGCUCUCAAAUGAUAUGCAUGUCAAGUUCAGUCACACAGCUAGAAGAUGAAAAACAGCAAAGAGAGAUACAGUUAAACAAUAUAACCCCAACCAGCAAUGUGACUUUACCAGACAGCAUCACUCAACAAAUUCAGUCUGAUUUAAAUAAUACUGAGCAAUUAUUAAAUGACUGUCCAGAUGCAGGACACAGACAGACUUUGAUAAGUAAAAGGAAGAUCAGUCUGUCUGAUCCGUUCAUUCAUCAAAGUCUACAGACUCAGGAUCUGUCCCAAAUCAACAAGUCAGUAUAUCAGCAGCAAAAUCUAGCACAGAAAGGUGAGUGCAAAAUUUCACUGGAUGGAGGCCAUGACAGAUCUUGUCAGAUACUAUGCAAAGAUUUUGCUCCUGUCAUUCCCUCAAAGAUUCCCAGAAUUGCAUCUUGUCAAAGGUUGUCUUUAUGUAGGGAGUCUGGAUCUCUUGACAAGUUUAGAAGAAUAUUUGGUCAAUCUAAUGAAAUGAAACUGCCCUCUCUGGAGACUCGUUUACAGAGUAAUACUAGGCUCCCUCAAACAAACAGCCUCAUUUUGAAUCCUCAGAAUUUAUUGGUUGGCCAGAAAGAUCAGCAAGAUUGUGAUGUUGCACAGACACAAAAAAAGGAGACACAGAGCAGUCUCCAAAGCUCACCAGCAUUCUCACAUUUCACCAAGAUAAAACCAAGCUCAGCUCAGAACCAAGGCAAAAAAUCUUUGGCAGCUAAACUCUGCCAUUUGAAACAACACAGGACAGAGGGUUCAAAAGUGUUGCCACACUUUUCCGGGACUAGCUCACACAACAAUACCUGUCUCAGUAGUGGUAAUGAUAUCCAAGACAGCAACAACAAUGAGAAUCCCUGUGACGUUGCACCGGAUCCUGAGCCAGUCUCAAGCUGCAAUACAAACCCUCAGUUGGGUGAGAAGGAAGAGGAUACAACAUCGGGUGACUGGCUUCAUCACUACGAUACAUCUGUGGGAAAGACGGUUUACGUCAACAGAGUGACAGGGCUCAGCAAGUAUGAAGACCCAUCUGCUGAAGAACCACAAGUGUGCUGUACAUCUGAUGUCACCAAUAUGGCAGUUAGCGUCAUCUCUGAAACGGGGAUGGAAUACAGGUGUUACCCAUUUCAGGUGGAUGUAGUGUUGCCCUUCCUGCCUAAAUCCAGGACAGGAAGAGUGUUUAGUUCAGGGACUGAUGACAGAGGUACCUCACAGACAGAUCAGACUCUAGACUACGGUGAUGGUGGUGAGGGCUCCAAUUCACUUUCCUCAUUGUACUCAAAAUGGAAUAAUCCUGUGUUUGUCCGACCUCCCGUGGUUGGUGUAGACAUAUCAACUGGGCAAGCUGAUGGGCUGGCUGUGAAGAUCCAUAACAUCCUGUUUCCAUACCGCUUUUCUAAAGCCAUGAUUCACUCAAUGAAGGUUAUUCAUCAGGUGGAUAAGAAGUUUCUUGCAUGUCUUAUCAACACAAGAGAUGAAGAAGCUGCAGCACACACUGAAACUGAAGGAAAUCUUCUGGUGCUGGUGGAUCAACAUGCUGCGCAUGAGAGAGUCCGACUAGAAAAUCUAGUGGCAGAUUCCUAUGAGGAAGACCCAGAUGCAUCAGGGGAGAGACGUCUGUGUUCAUCAACCAUUUUGCCGCCUCUUCGGAUCAGUGUAACUGAAGAGGAGCUCAGGCUGCUUAGGUCCUGUCAGGCACAUUUACGGAAUUUAGGCCUGGAAGUGAAAUUCUCACAGGAAGCUGAUCCACAGGUUUUUGUGGGGAAGGUACCACUGUGCUUCAUUGAAAAGGAGAGUAAUGAGCUAAGGCGGGGGAGACCAUCUGUUAUCAAGCCUAUAGUUGAGGAGUAUCUUCGAGAGCAGAUUGAGUUACUUCGCUCAACUGGCACAGUGAGAGGAACUUUGCCUCUCACUGUGCUGAAAGUGCUUGCCUCCCUAGCAUGCCACGGUGCCAUCAAAUUCAAUGACAGCCUGAGCAGAGAUGAAUGCCACAGCUUGGUAGCAUCCUUAUCUUCCUGUCAGCUACCCUUCCAGUGUGCCCAUGGCCGUCCUUCCAUUGCUCCCCUCGUAGACAUUCUCCAUUUGGACAAAGACCAGGAGGAAUUACAGAAGCCCAACCUCCAAAAACUGAGAAGAAUGCGUAAAGCUUGGGAACUAUAUGGAAAUAGAUAAACAUUUCCUGAAGUUGAAUAGAGCAACUGAAAAACAAUAGGAAACACCGGGUCCAAUAUGACAGGAGGGAAAGGCGAAAUCUGGACAUGGUACCGCUCACUUGUUGUGAUGGGAGUGAAGGAUG